CGGAAGUUGUCGAUCAGCUGAGUGAUUGCUCCAAAACUUUGAGUGGCAGUUGUGAAGUUGUGAUCGUAUCCCGAAGUACCAGCACAUCGUGCACGUGCGUAUAGAGGCGCAGACAGACAUCAUGACAACGGUCAGCCCAGGACGGAUCCCUGACCUGGACACUCCUGCACUGCUGCUGGACAUCAGGAAGGUCCAGAGAAAUGCCAGCACCAUGGUCCAGCGAUGUCAGGACAUGGGGGUGUCACUGCGACCACACAUGAAGACUCAUAAAACAAUUGAAGCUGGAGAAAUCAUGACCAACGGUACAAAACGUCACAUCGUGGUCUCCACACUUGCGGAAGCAGAGUUCUACGCUGGUGCUGGUUUUGAUGAUGUGCUGUUUGCUACACCUCUGACUCAAGACAAAGUACAGCGAUGUGCCCGACUGGUAACACAGCUGGAACAGUUCCAUGUGAUGAUUGACAGUUCAGCUGGACUUGACGCCAUCAAGAGUACACCUCUGUCAGGGAAACAGUGGUCUGUAUUUCUCAAGGUGGACUGUGGCUAUGGCAGGGCUGGAGUGAGCCAUGACUCAGUAGAAGGUGUUGAGCUGGUGAGGUCAGUAGUGAGCACACCAGGGGUGCAGUUUGCAGGCCUGUAUGCUCACUGUGGAGACUCCUACCACUCAGACAGUCCACAGGAAGUCAAGGCUGUCGGCCACCGCACUGCUCAAAACAUCCUGACUUUCGCAGCAAGACUAAAGCAGGAAGGUAUAGAGUGCCCCACAGUCAGUAUAGGAUCCACACCGACAUGUAGCCAACCAGCAGACAGCAUGGGUCAACUGACAGAGGUCCACCCUGGUAACUACAUCUUCUACGAUGUUCAGCAGUCCUUACUUGGUUCCUGCACGCUGGAGGAUAUUGCUGUCCAGGUGAUGACUCGGGUGAUCGGACAUUAUCCAGGAAAGAACCACAUGCUGGUGGACUGUGGUUGGACAGCGCUGAGCCUGCACAGUUUUGGGCAGCUCCCCACUGGGUUUGGGAUCAUCGAUGGACAUCCUGAGCUCAAGUUGUCCUCCAUGACCCAGGAAGUAGGGAAGGUCCAUGCUGUGGAGGGAACCCUGGACUUCGAUAAAUAUCCCAUUGGGACAGUGCUAAAAAUACUGCCAUACCAUGCCUGUGCUACAGCGUGUAUGCACCCCAGGUACUAUGUCCAUUCAGGAGAGGACAUUGUUGCUGUGUGGGAGCCUUGUAGAGGGUGGUGAAUGGGAUGAAACUUUAAAUUUGUGGAAAUUUUGAAAAUUAUCACAGUUUCAUGUACACAUGACAUGUUGUACACUCCCAUGUAUAAAAUGUAUAUGUAUUUAAUAGACUGAGUCCUAAACGUUGGUAUGGUAGAAUUUCAUUUCUCUUUGAUUAUGCAAGUUAAUAUAAGUUAUUCCCUUUCUGCAUGAUUUGUCUUUCAUUGUCUAGAUCAUUGUCUAACUAAAGCUAAUUUUGGUGACUUGAAUAACUAAUUGAAAAUGCCAUAACUGUUCAGUGU